GUGCCGUUGUCCAUGAUCAGCAGUCCAGCUUUCACUGCCUCUCCCUCUUUAUGAGAAUCCGCUGCUGUUAUGGAGAUCUGGGCCAGUGGGUCCCGCGAACCACAAGGUUAAGCGCCAACGUGAUUAUCCCCAUCAUGUGAUCUACAGACCGGCCAUGAAAGAGAGCUUUUUAUAUGAGCUGUAAGAACUCCUCAGAGGUUUGCAUGCAUUGAAAGGAUACACGGGAUCCUCUUCAGCUCGGUUUGAUCAUGACAGAUUCAUCUGAAUUCUCUCCAACUCUUCAACCAUAAAAGCUGGAGCUGAAGAGGUUAAACUGGCGCCGUCCCAUGGAUCAUCAAUCCUCAGGCCAACACAGUCAAACCGGCCAAGCCCCAAGCUUUCAGUGGCUUUCUUUUGCGUACCAGGGCCUGACAGAAAUCCCCUAUGAGACUAUUCUAACACAGACGGAGAGCCUGGAGGUGCUGGACCUGAGUAACAAUUCACUAGAGGAGAACCCGGCUCUGCUGGGACGUCUGGAGAAGCUCAGUACGCUGAUCCUGGACUGCAACAACUACACGUCGCACAUCAAGUUUCCGUACAUGCCGAGCGUCACCACAGUGUGCAUCAACAAGAACAAGAUCAACAACCUGCCCGUGUUCGUGGAGGAAAUCAAACGGAAGUUCCCCAACAUAAAAAUCCUCAGUAUGAUGAACAACGAGGCAGCGCCGAGCUACUUCAAUGGAGGAAGUCUGACCCAAUACAAAGACUACAGACAAUAUGUGAUCAGUCAGAUUCCAGGCCUGGAGAUCCUGGACGACACAGAGGUCCUGGAGAAGGAGCGAGCACAGGCCAGAAAAACGUACCGGCUCCAGCAGAGCAGACAGAGACAACGACAGAGGCGGAGGAAGGAGGACUCGUCAAAGAAACAGACGCACACGCAGAAAAAGUCAAGUGCCAUCAUAGACCAAUAGUUUAGAGUUUAAGUUUUGGCCCCUCCCCCUUUAAAUCCCACCUUUAUCUGCUGUUUCAACAUGUUUACACUGAGUUAAUAUUCAAAUGUUUUAUAAAGCUGCGCUAUUAAA